AUGGAGAAAGAUGAGGAGUCUCACUGGGCAAACACCACCUCAGUGUCGGAGUUCAUCCUGCUGGGGUUCUCCAGCCACCCCAAGACGCAGCUGCUGCUGUUUGUGCUCUUCCUAGCUAUCUACCUGGCGACCCUCUUUGGGAACAGCCUCCUCAUUGCCCUUGUCAAGACUGACUCCCGUCUUCACACACCCAUGUACUUCUUCCUGGCCAACCUUUCCUUUUUAGACAUCAGCUACACCACCACCACUGUACCCCAGAUGCUGGUCCACCUCCUCUCCACAAAGAGAAGCAUUUCCUAUGUUGCCUGUGUUGCGCAGAUGUACAUCUUCCUUUGUCUGGGGAUAAUUGAAUGUAUACUCUAUGCUGUAAUGGCCUAUGAUCGGUACGUGGCCAUUUGUCAUCCCCUGCGCUACACAGUCAUCAUGAACAGGUCAGUCUGCAUCAAGAUGGUCAUUGGCAUCUGGGUAUGCGGCUUCUUCUUUACCACAUUGAUUGCAAGCUUCACCAUGAGGCUGCCCUACUGCAACUUAAAUGAAAUCAAUCACUUCUUUUGCGAGGUGCCAGCCAUCUUGAAGCUGGCCUGUGCAGACACACACCUCACUGAACUUGUUGUCUUUGUGGUGGCAGUUAUAGUCCUCCUGACCCCGCUGGCUUUGAUCCUAAUCUCCUAUGUAUUCAUCCUGGAAGCCAUCCUGAGGAUCAGCUCAGGUGAGGGGAGGUUCAAAACCUUCUCCACCUGCACCUCACACAUCACUGUCGUGACUCUCUUUUAUGGUGCCGCCAUAUUCAUGUAUAUGCGCCCAGCCUCCAGCUACUCACCUGAGCGGGACAAAAUGUUUUCCCUCUUGUACAAUGUUGUGUCUGCCCUCCUGAAUCCUCUUAUCUACAGCCUGAGGAACAAGGAGGUCAAAGCAGCCGUACUCAAAAUGAUGGGCAAGACGGACCACUGAGUUCCGGUGGAGGAGGUAUGGCCUGGUGGCUGCCAGCUCCUCGGUUCUGGAUCCUAGUCUGGGAGGGGAGUGGGGUUUAGUGACUUAUAGCCAGUGGAGAAAAAAGUCAGGAUGUCUGGCUCUUUUCCCAUUCCUAGAAUGUGGAAAGGUCUGUGAAUGAGGGCAGGCUGGGGCUGGGAGUCUGUAUGUCUGGAUUGUUUUCUUUCAAAUGGGACAGAAAUGGUGUCUUACAGACUAGAGUAAUGGAGGCUGGGAAUCAGAGUUCCUGGAUCUGAGCCAGACUAACUUUGUGACAUUCAUCAUAAGACAUUCAGAAAGAAAAAAGGCUAGAUUUAAAACCCAUGAGUCCUGAUUUCUUAUCCUGCUGAACCACACUGAUCCUCAAUCGUGACUCAUUCAGCUGAAAUGACCUGAAUACUUAUUCAAGUGGUAUAAGAUUUUCAGGAAAACGCCCAGGACCUCACGAAGGCACUCUGGGAAUGAAGCCAUUUCUGUCAGCUUAUGCUCUGUCCUCACAAACCAACCUCAGCCACUUUCAAGGUGUCUCUCUCUGAUGUGUUUGUGGGGAAACCAGUAGGACGCUCUCACAGUAGCUUCAUCUCUUCAUUGCUGGGUUUGUUGCAUGGGACUGGGAGUUGAUGGGUGGGAUGACAUGAUCAAGGUGAGCACCCCUGGCAGUUCCAAAGUUGAGCUGUACAUGUACCCAUUAUAGCACCAUAUGACUGGGCAUAUACAGCUAGUGUACUGUGGGAAAUCCCUGAGAGAGCCUGAGUUGGUGUUGGAUGCAGCACAGGACCUUCUUUGUUUCCCAAAGGCUGAUGUUCACUCCACUGCUAAGAACCCAACAAGACAUGUAAUCCAUUGACAGGGUUUUGUCUACCCAGAACUCAUCUUGUUUGCUAAAGGAGCAAACUGUUGCAGGGACACAAGGCAGGUUAUAAUUAAUAGAGUGGUGCCCAUGGACAGAGUCAACCACUUUUACUAAAUGUGUAACCAGAAUGGUGCAACUGUCUGCAUUUCUCUGUUUUGUAUUUGUUCUG